AUGAUUACCGUUGCAAUCCCAAACUCGCCGGUAUUUUCCCCAUCGUCCAGAGUUACUUCUUCAAUUUACUGUAAAUCAUCGCCGGAAUCUUUAGUUUUGACCCAUUCUCCAUCUUCUUCUUUCUCAUCACCGUCGCCGGCGUUCAAGUUUCGUCUUCAGAAGCCUCUCCCGCCGGCGAGUGGGCUCGUUAGGGAUUCCAACGACGGAGGACCCUCUACUUCUCCUACGCUUUCGAAACGAAAAAGACCCACUAAGUUAGCUAUUCCGGUUGCGCCUUUUAGCUUUUCCGGCAGGGGUACGCCGCCAGCGACGACGGUGGAGGAUCGGUGGAAGGAGGUGGAGGUUGACGGAGAUGGGUAUUCGGUUUAUUGUAAGAGAGGGAAAAGAGACGCCAUGGAAGAUCGAUUCAAAGCUGUAGUCGAAUUUAAUGGACAACAUAAACAGGCAUUUUUCGGUGUUUUUGAUGGGCAUGGCGGAUGGAAAGCCGCUGAAUUUGCAGCUGAAAAUCUCGAUAAAAACAUUCUAAACGAAGUGGAAAAAAGGGGUGAAAUCGAAAUCAUUGAAGCAAUCAAACAAGGUUAUAUGAACACAGAUUCAGAAUUUCUAGAUCAAGAUCACCGCGGUGGUUCUUGCUGUUUGACCGCCAUUAUCAGAGAUAGCAACCUCGUUGUAUCAAACGCCGGCGACUGCCGUGCGGUUGUCAGCAGCGGUGGCGUUGCUAUGUCUCUCACCACCGAUCACCGCCCCUCGAGACCAGAAGAAAAACUCCGAAUCGAAUCUCUGGGUGGGUAUGUUUAUUGUAGCCAUGGUGUUCCGAGAGUUCUUGGAUCACUAGCGGUUUCGAGAGGGAUUGGCGAUCGAACCCUAAAGCAAUGGAUAACGUCGGAACCCGAAACGAAAAUCCUUAAAAUCGUGCCGGAAUUCGAGUUCAUGAUCAUGGCUUCCGAUGGUUUAUGGGAUAAAGUCGGCAAUCAGGAAGCGAUCGAUUUAGCUCGACCUUUCUGUGUGGGCAACGACAAAUUAGAACCCCUUUUGGCUUGCAAGAAGCUCAUCGAACUUUCGGCUUCUCGAGGAUCUAACGAUGACGCAAGUGUGAUAAUCGUUCAAUUGCAACGGUUUUGUUCGUGAAAUCUACGAAUAUCAACAGAACCGACAUGUGUUAUUAUUAACUUUACGAGAAUUCGUAACAUGUGCAACAAAAAAAGCUGCUCUACCCAUCAGUCAGAGAUAAAACGGACAUUACCAAUGAGAGAUUAUUUGUGAAAAAGCUGUGUUAAGGCCAUGUCGGUUAUGAUGGGAUGGAAUAAGUAAUUAUUUUUAUUAAAUUACGUUGGCGGAAAACGUAAAAGCUGCAUAGAUUAUAUAUGUAAUAUGACUCUUAUCAACGAUGGUGGUUUUGGAUCUAAUUUGUUUUAAAACUCUUUCACCGAUGA